GCAGGAAGCGGAAGUCCCGCCUCUGUCUCUCUCUCUCUCUCUAUUCGGAAGGCAGGAGCAACGCGGAGGAGACGGUAGUGACUUGAAAACGCGGCCACCGCCACUGCCACCAUGAGCCUCCUCAACAAGCCCAAGAGUGAGAUGACCCCAGAAGAGCUGCAGAAGAGGGAGGAGGAGGAGUUUAACACGGGGCCACUCUCUGUGCUCACACAGUCGGUCAAGAACAACACGCAAGUGCUCAUCAACUGCCGCAACAACAAGAAGCUCCUGGGCCGUGUGAAGGCCUUCGACAGGCACUGCAACAUGGUGCUGGAGAAUGUGAAGGAGAUGUGGACCGAAGUCCCCAAGAGCGGCAAGGGCAAGAAGAAGUCCAAGCCAGUCAACAAGGACCGCUACAUCUCGAAGAUGUUUCUGCGUGGGGACUCGGUCAUCGUGGUCCUGCGGAACCCACUCAUCGCUGGCAAGUAGGACCCUCCUCCUUGCAGUCAGAACUUGCCCCUUCGUUUUGCAAAGACCUGCCCUUUGUGCUGGGAAUAAUAAAAUCGUGUGUUUUUUCUA